CUUUUGAAUCUUCAGUUUUGUUUCCAUUUCAUGUGUUUUCAAAACAUUGCAAAAAGUGUGAGAAACAGACCAGUUUGAACUAAGGAUAAUUUAUACAGAGCGAGAAGACAACCACAGUUAAAAAUAUAGAUUAGAGGUUGGUCAUAAUUUAUACAUGGCUCACCAAAGAAUACCUUUAAUUUGCUUUGAUGUUUGUUGUUGUUUUUAUUAAUUAAUUCAAGGACUUUCCUCAAACUGUUUCUUUCUGUAAUAAUUAAUAAUUAACAAAUUUCCAUUUUAAUGAAAGACAUUUUCUUGCUCGAUGGCGUGUGUACUAAAUAAACGAGUCAAUCUACCCAUCAGUUGGAAACGAUUAACUUCUCUAUGUCAAAUAAAAUCACAUAGAAUAUUCUAAAUGAAUACCCAUCAGGUUAAAUGUCACUUUGGUUUAUAAAUGUAGACACUCAGUCGAUGGGGCAAGUGGUAAAAAAACCGAUGAAACACACGGUUUCGUCCGGCGCUGAUGAAAGUGAUGACGAAGGAGUGAGACAUCUUGCUUCCUCGUCCAUUCAGCGCCAAUCGGACAUUUGAGUUAUUCUGGGGAAAAAAGUUAAGGUGCCAAAUCUUAAAUGCGUUCUACAGUUUUCUGCAAGUUUGAGAACAAAAGAACGUUUCUUGUGUUGGGCAAAUAGAUCGACGGCCCCCCUGCCCAUAAAGCAUCAGCGUAGACCCGGGAGUGGAUUACUCCACUGGACACAGCUGAGUGGGGGGCGUUGGACCGUUUGACACCACUAUGAUUUCUUCACCUUUGACAACUCUGUUUUUCCUCUGUUUCACAACGUGCCGAUCCGAGCGUUUUUUAGGCCACGCGAUGGGGGGGUGGAACCCCGAGUGUAUGGAAGCCCGUGGGUGUUUGGCAAUAAGAUGGUCAUCCCUUCACUGGACGGGGCCUUGUUCCAGUGGAACCGGGACAGGGAGACUAUGGAGGCCGUGCCUUUCAGCGUGGAGUCCCUGCUGGAUUCCUCCUACCGCAUCGGGGAGGACACCGUGCUGGUUGGGGGGAAAUCUCUCACUACCUACGGCCUGGGGGCCUACAGCGGCAAGCUUCGGUACAUCUGCUCGGCGGGGGGCUGCAGCAGCUGGGGGGACGAGGAGAUGGAGGCCGAAGACGUGCUCCUGCUGCAGAGGACUCAGAAGACCGUGCGAGCCAUCCGGCCGCGCUCAGGGAUGGAGAAGUGGAACUUCAGCGUCGGGAACUUUGAGCUGAAGCUCCUUCCCGAGACGCAGUCCGGCAUGAACUUCCUGGAGGGGGAGGUGGCAAACGGCGAGGCCCGGCGGGAGAGCCAGCGGGUCAUCGUGGGCGAACCAAAAGAGAGAGGGCAGACGGAGAACCAGCAGAACCACAAUCUGGACCUGGUGAUCAAGGUGUCAGUUCCCGACUGGAAGGUCAUGGCCUUCAGCACGGCGCCGCAUGGACAGCUGGUCUGGGAACGCCAGUUCUGCACACCCAUCGCUUCGGCGUGGCUGGUGGGCGGGGGCAAAGUCACACCCAUCGCCCUGUUCGACGACAACGCCUACAGCAACCAGUCGGAGACCGACGAGGAGGAGGAGGAGGAGGAGGACGACGACUCCUCCCACAACGCCAGAGGAGCAGAAGAGUCCAGUGUUUACCUUGGGAUGUACCAGGGACAGCUCUACCUCCAGUCCUCAGUGAGGAUCAGCCAAAAGUUCCCCACCAAAGCGAUCGGAUCGUUGAAGGACGUCAUUCCACUACCCACAGUCAAGUGGAAGCCUUUAGUCCAUUCCCCGUCUCGGACACCGGCCCUGGUCGGCUCUGAUGAAUUUGACAAGUGUCUGAACAAUGACAAGUUCUCCCAUGAAGAAUACAGCAACGGAGCCCUGUCCAUCCUCCAGUAUCCAUAUGACAACGGCUACUUCUUCCCCUACAGCAAGCUGUACCGGGAGAAACGCAACAGCGCCGUCAGCCUGAUAAAGGAGAGCGGGGCGGGGCCGGAGAGUCGCCGGAGGAAGGACCCCGUGCUGCUGCUGCCCUGGUGGAAGGAGAUCCUCGGCACCAUCGUCUUCUGCAUCGCCGCCACCACCUACAUCGUGCGCAAGUUCUUCCACCCUCCGGCCCAGGUGGCCUACGUGAGGCAACGGAAAGAGUCGGAGACACAGUGCCAGACAGACUGCAAGUUUGACCUUGAGGUUGUGGAAUCCAAAGAGCCGGUUGCUAUGGAGACCCGCUCCAGCGAAUAUGUGUCCAGGUACCUCACCGACUUCCAGCCGGUGCAGUGCCUCGGCCGCGGGGGGUUCGGCGUCGUGUUUGAAGCCCGCAACAAAGUGGACGACUGCGACUACGCCAUCAAGCGAAUCCGCCUGCCCAACAGAGAGCUGGCCCGUGAGAAGGUGAUGCGAGAGGUGAAGGCGCUGGCCAAGCUGGAGCAUCCGGGGAUCAUCCGCUACUUCAACGCCUGGCAGGAGAGCCCCCCCGAGGGCUGGCAGGAGGAGAUGGAUCAGAGGUGGCUGAAAGACGGCAGCGCCACCGACUGGCCAAUGAGCUUCCUCGACCACAUGGAGGCGCUGUCCGUCAAAGUCCCCGUCUCCAGCUCGGUGUCCGCGCUGCGCGGCCCCGGAGGCGACGCCAUGGGUGCCUCUGCGGACGCGCGGGCCCUGCUCACCAGCAGCAGCGCCGCGGGCUUCGGCGUGGACGACGGAGACCUGUCCUUCCACCCGCUGCUGGACCACGACAGCCCGACGUCCGAGCGGGGCAGCCGGGCGGAGCGCGACGCCUCGGACAACCCCCACUCCUUCGAGCUGUGUCCCCCGCGCGGCCCCAGCGACUGCACCUCGUCGUCCUUCGACAUCGUGUUCGAGGACUCGGGCUGCGACCGGGACGCCGACGCGGACGCCGACAGCGACACCGACUCGGCCAGCCUGAGCACGACAACAGAGAAGAACAGCUCGUCUUCCUCGCGCACCAGGCAAUCCGUCCCGCCCUUCUCCUGCUCCCCCCCCCGGCCGACCUCACUUAUCCUGGCGCUCCCCCCAACUGACACCCAGCGAGUCCAGCCUUCCCCCAAGGUGUACCUGUACAUCCAGAUGCAGCUCUGUCGGAAGGAGAACCUGAAGGACUGGAUGGCCCAGCGCUGCCUCCCCGAGCAGAGGGAGAACAGCCAAUGUCUAGAUAUCUUCCUCCAGAUUGCAGAGGCCGUCGACUUCCUGCACAGCAAGGGGCUCAUGCACAGGGACCUUAAGCCCUCCAACAUCUUCUUCACGAUGGACGACGUGGUGAAGGUGGGCGACUUCGGCCUGGUGACGGCCAUGGAACAGGAGGAGGAUGAGGACGAGUCGAGCGCCCUGACGCCGGCGCCGCUGCUGACCCGACACACGGGCCAGGUCGGCACCAAGCUCUACAUGAGCCCGGAGCAGCUCUCUGGAAACUCGUACUCCCACAAAGUGGACAUUUACUCUCUGGGUCUGAUCCUGUUUGAGCUGCUGUAUCCCUUCAGGACCCAGAUGGAGAGAGUGAGGACACUGACUGAGGUGAGAGCGCUGCGCUUCCCCGAGGCUUUCUCCAAAAACAACGUGCAGGAGCUCAGCAUGGUGCGCAGCAUGCUGUCGUGGAGCCCCGGCGAGCGUCCCGAGGCGGCCGAGAUCACGGGGACGCCCCUCUUCCAGGAGCUGGAGCUGCCUUUCCGACCGGCCAUGAGGCAGCGCUCCCGCACCUACAGCGCCUCGUCCAUGGGCCGGCCCUCGCGCCAGACGUCGGCAACCUGAAUGUCCCGUGACGCAUAUGAAACCCCCCCCCAUCCCUCCCAGCCCCCCCCCCCCCCAGAGGAACACCUUAGCCCCCGUGCCGUCAAACACUGCCACAGAACUUGAGAGCGACAAACGUGCAGGAAGUGUUUUCACGUGGCGACCAAGUCCUGCACAGCGACUCUUCCCGGCAAACGCGCACGCCGUCACGCAUUCACGCACGCCGUCAUCCACACCUUCCCAAUUGGAAUCACACUUUACAAGUGAAGCUCUGGAAUCCUGACUUGGCUCGAGUGCUCCUUAGCGGCCGUGUGGGACGGCUGUGAGUAGCACGUGGGGUUUGUGCUAAGCUAUCAUCCGCGGGACAUUGUAACGAAUUCCCUCCGACCGACGGCCCGAUGCUCCGAGGCGACGGGCCGACAUGCUGAGAAGUGUUUGAAAUAAGAUUUGUUCACAGACACGCCGCUUGCUCCCAACAUUCAGCCAGUGUUCGCUCACCCACGCUACACCUCAGGUAUCGAAAACCAAGAGGACACUCCAAAGGGGCCUUUGAUGCUUGAUCAGCCGCCCGGCCAGUCCAGCAGUACUGGUCACUGGUACGGGCGCUCUCCGGUGUUCUCACACCCCUCUAUGCCUGAUUUGGGAGACCAAAAAAAUCUUUUUGUUUUCCUGUGUGUUCUUUUUAAAUGAGAGAAGGUGACGUAUUGCGUAAGAGUUUGAGAAUCCGGAUCAUCCGUCAUACUUUGCCUUUGGAAAGCGGCCUCUGAAUGAAUGCCGAGCAAGUUCUUUAUUUUUUAUUGCAUGUACCUGACGGGAAGUGAAGCGGUGAGUGUGACUUUGUUAUCUUAAAGCCAGUACUUGGAAGCAGUUUCUCUUUUCUGUGUAUGAAUUUACACAACGACUGAGGUGCUCAAUCAUUUUUCCAAACGCCUCCUUUUGCUCGUGUACAUAAUCGAAGGGAAAACAAUCUGUUUCUAUCUUUUUCUUUCGUCUUUCUUAAGAUAUGUUCGAUCAAUCCUGUACAUAUUUUAAGGUGCCGUUGCUUGUAAAUGGCUUUUUCCAUGAGGCAACUGUAAGAUAGUGUGAGAUAUUUUUUUUGGCGGGGGGGGGGGGGGUCUCUGCCAUUAGUGGAUAGCUGAAUGUUACAGUGUGACCUCCAGAGACGGAUGACGUCGGGCGCCUCUUCUCGCUGUCGUUAGGCGUGUGGGGUACUGGGGGGGGGGGCGAGCACCAGAGUAGACCCUGCAGGACCAGAGUGCCAUUAGAAAGUCAGUUAAGUGUACUUUUCUCUCACAGAUAACUCCAUUUUUGGGGGGGGGGCUCUGUCCUCCGACCCCGUCCAGCUGGUUUUCCGGUGAAGCGCUACAGAUACUGAGGUGUGCAGCCCUCCCGUGAUCAGGAGAAAUAGCAUUUAGUCACGAGAUGAUACUGUUUUAUCCCCUCGACAUCGUCUGCUGGGGACCCGGACCUGAUGUUGGUCAUGUGAUCCCCAAAAACACUGUUUAAUGUACAUAAGAAGUGCUGGGAUUGUCACAUGACCCGUUUGUAACUUCACUCACAAACUGCUAAUUGUAAUGUGCUUUCAAUGAUUGUACUUUUCUAAGAAUCUUUUUCUCUUUUUUUUCUUACUUUAUUUUAAUAAGCCCAGUUUUUUCUCCUUUUUAUUCUGCAGGGUUUUUUGAUUACUGUAAAGUCUUUGCUGCGUUUUCUACAGGAAGUCAAACUGAUUUUCGUUCAUCCGUCCACUCAGCUCACUGAAGAUGAGUCUUUCUUCUUGUAAAAUGAUCAGUUUUCUCCACCGAGUUAAAAACGGACUGUACCCCCCCCCCCCCGAAGAAGCCUGGAGACCAGAAAGCAGUUCCAUGAAAUGGCCUGUCCUCAAGUCGGAGGGGGACAUGUGAGCGCUUGCACCGCAAAUUGAGACUAAAGCUGCUUUGUGAGCGACAUAGUGUGGACUAUUGUUACUUAAGUGCUUACAAUGUACCACUUUUAUGUAGAACUAAUGUUAGAUUUGUCAAAGGAAUUCAAUUAUGGAUCCACAGACUCUGAAAUUGAUUAGCUACUCUUUUGUCAUUGGUUUUGUAGAAGUCACUUCCUCAGAGGAUUGCGCUCUAAAGAUUUGUUUGUGGAGGAUUUACAGGAGACAAGGACAUUUUUAACACUUACCUACAGUAAGUAGUACAGUAAAUAGCCUGUCAGUUCAUACCAUCAAAACUUGAAACAGCAUUAUUGACAAUAGUGUAUUAUAUGAGGAUUUAGAUUUUUUUUUUUUUCAUUCAAAACCAAGAAAAUGUGAUUUAUACUGUAAAGUUUUUUCAUGUUUUGUUAAGUUGUGUUUGUGCCGUUUUUUCACUUCUGUCAUCCAGGUAUCUCUUCCAGAGGCCAGUUGAUUUAAAUAACCCCCCCGCCUGGAUAUGUAGUUGCCAGUUUUUGUGCACAAACCCCACUCUCUUGUCCAUGUUGAAUUGUAAAUAUGUUCAUUUGCUUUAUUUAUGUUUUGAUGCCGUGAUCAAUCCUCUUGGGGUUGGUGUUAUUAUGAAUGGGCUUCCUGCGAUGGAGCGCGUUGGAAUAUGAUGACUUCUUACAAGUCUAAAUUUAAUAAACCGGUCUAUACCGUUUGUACA